CCAGAUGCGUGGGUGGAUCGAGAUAAGCCCUACAGCGACAGAAACAAUGUUUGUUUACAAAACGAGUUAGACCCUUUAGACAUGUUAAUGCCGAAUUGUUCGGGUAAUUCGGGUAAUAAGCGGUAGUUGAUGCAAAAACUAUUGUACCUAACUGUUGCUCAAAAAUGUUUGAACUUUGUUCAGUUCUAAAUUUAUAACGCUUGCGGGCUCUAAAUUGAACACUAGCGAAAUCCGCGAAACUAAAAUGGCCAUACCUCCACCAUGUUUCUUCAGAUUUCAAACAUUUUGAAUGAGCUCAGCUAGGUUCAGAAAUUCUUCUGCUAUUGGAACCAUAUCUGAGCGUACCAGUCUGGUCAACAUGGGUUUGGGAAAAUCCGGAUUUCCAAUCAUAUGAUUUAAUACAAUACAGUAACGGAGUUAUUGGCAUGAAUUAUCUAAAAUCAUAAAAUAGCCUAAACCAAUAGAGUCUGAUCAUCGGUCCAUCAGUUGGCCAUUCCUGAUUAAGUUUCUCAAGGAACUCCGGGUGACUAAACAAGUUUAUUUAGUAUCACAUAUCGACAGAAACUAUUUCCCCCGAUGUUGUGCGCAUAAGAAUUCAGAACCGAAUUGCAGCACUGCAGUGUGAACGCGUUCAAUUUGCAUUGAAGUUCAUAUUCGGCAAACUGCGAUUAAAUAUAUGUAUAUUUGAACAGAACAUGCAAAUUGAACGCGGCAUGAACUGGAUAGGACUGAACCCGUAGCAUGCUGACUGUGGUGCCUUGGACCAACCCUGAAUAAAUAUACUUAAUUAUGGGGAGUGCGGGCCUGGCGAGAACUGUCAACGUUCGGGAGCGUGAUGUGAGUAGAGAGAUAAUAAACACAUGAUUUGAGUUGUUCGUAAAAGUACUUGCGUAUUUCAUAUACAUAUUCGAGAAUACCAAUUGGGAUUAUCACAUUUGGCGACGGAGGAGAAUAUUCUUCAGAAGGAGGUAAAAGGUAAGAGUAAACAAAUGCUAAAACAUGAAAAAAAAGAUUCUUUGUUUUUGUCAUUAAGUUGAGGUUAUGUCCUUGUUUGAUUCCCAGAUAAACUAAACUACGCCAGUAGUAGCUGCUAAAUGAGCAGCGGGUUCAAGCUACCGAAGCGUAGCGGCUGAAACUGAAACAGCGUGAUUCGAUACUGUCAAAGCGCAGUAGCUGUUGUAAACAGCGGAAACAAAGUCACCGGUGAGUGGCAGCUGCUAGUCAGCGGGUUUGAAAGCCAUUCGAAAUUAGCGGCUCGAAAGCGAAACUAUCUACCAGGGGGUAGAGGCUCUGGUGAGUCGAUUAACGAAGCCAUUGCGAGGUGGCGGCUCCAAUUCGGAAUCUGCAAGGAAGGUAGAUGUCCGGGGGCGAGAGAACUUCGGAAGUAGCAAAAUUGACAACAAACUGAUUGACUGGUAAGUUAAUUUGGAAAUUUGUAAUACACAUUACUACAGUAAUUGGAUCCUUUUAGGAUUUUACGACUGACGAUGGAGAAGUGGGAUAUUCCGCAGUUUAAGUUCAAAUCCCUACCGCGGAACGUCAUUCGCGACGAAUGGGUCAAAUAUAAGAGGAAUUUCGGCUACAUAAUAUCCGCUACGAAGGAAACUGACAAAACGCGUAUUCGGGAUAUUUUGCUGGCGAAAGGCGGACCUGACCUCCAAGAGGUGUUUGCAUCAAUACCGGGUGCUGACGUAAGCGAGGACACCGAAAAAACCAUCGAUCCAUAUGCGGUUGCGAUUGAGAAACUGGACUCGUAUUUUUCACCUAAACAGCACGAUACCUUCGAACGGAAUCGGUUUUGGCUUUUGAAGCCCAGUUCCGAAGAAAGCCUCGAAAAAUUUAUGCUGCGCUGCCAAGACCAGGCGAAUAAAUGUGAUUUUGGAAAAUCGGCGGCAGAGAGUAGAUCAAUCAGUGUGAUUGACAAAGUGAUCCUUUUCGCACCAAGUGAGCUUAAAGAGCAACUGCUCCAACGUGAUUCCUUGAGCUUGGAUGAAGUGACCAAAAUUGUAUCAACAUACGAGUCCGUGAAGCAGCAAGCCCGGUCCAUGAGUAUUCCAACAACCGGCUCGGAAAGUUUCCCAGCGGCCACGAACCACGGUUACGAAUCGUCCAGUGGUGUGAGCAGAAUUCAGCAAUUCAAUCCAAAGGAAUGCACGCGAUGUGGACGCAGAGGGCACUACGGGACGGAUGUUUCCUGUCCAGCAAAAGGGAAAGAGUGCAACAAAUGUAAGCGAGUUGGGCAUUUCGCCACCCAGUGCCGCACGAAUUUUCCCGUUAAACGUAAAUACGAUGGACCCACCCGCGGCGGCAAGCGGUUUCAGCCAGAACGUGUUCGGGAGGUCGAGGUACGCACACGUGAUGAUGAUCGAAAAGAGAAUGUUUGUUCGGACCCAGGUUUCGACAAGAAUUUCAUAUUUCGCAUUAGCGACGGGGACGAACUGCUAUGGCUGAAAGUCGGGGGAGUAUUGUUGCAAGUUUUAGUUGACUCGGGGUGCAAAAAGAACAUAAUCGAUGAAAAAUCAUGGGAAUAUCUGAAAGCAAACAGUGCUAAAGUCUGGAAUCAACAGAAGGAGUGUGACGAGGUUUUUCUACCGUACGGUGAUCAAGCACAACCGUUAACAAUAUUGGGCAAGUUUCAAACACUGGUGGAAAUCGAAGAUGCGAAUCAUGUUUACGAGAAGGACACUACCUUUUACGUAGUGAAAGGUGGGCAGCAAUGUUUGUUGGGCCGGACAACUGCCACCGACUUAGGGGUGUUAUUUGUUGGUUUGCCUAGUUCCCACGGAGUGUCCAUGCUAGAGGUCACCGCAAAGCACCCGUUUCCCAAGAUCAAAGGGGUAAAGGUUAGUAUUCCCAUUGAUCAUUCGGUUUCACCGGUUUGUCAGCAUCCUCGACGACCACCAAUUGCACUCACGUCCAGGAUAGAAGAGAAAUUGAAUUCUUUGCUGGCGAAUGACAUUAUAGAGCGGGUUGAAGGUGGGUGCCAAUGGGUGUCUCCGUUAGUCACGGUGGUGAAAGACAACGGAGAUUUGCGCCUGUGUGUAGAUAUGCGUAGGGCAAAUUCUGCUAUUCUCCGAGAGCGACAUAUGAUGCCAACGAUUGAGGAUUUCCUUCCGCGAUUUGCUUCAGCUAAAUUUUUCAGUAGGCUGGACAUAAAAGAGGCUUUUCAUCAAGUUGAACUGGAUGAGAAAAGCCGCUUCAUAACCACCUUCAUCACCCACAUGGGGUUAUUUCGGUAUAAACGCCUCAUGUACGGAAUAGUCAUAGCACCAGAGAUAUUUCAACGUAUCCUCGAGCAGAUUCUCAGCCGCUGUAGUAAGUUCGCUGUCAAUUUCAUUGAUGACAUCAUGAUAUUCACAAGAACGGAAGAAGAACACGAUGAAGCGCUGAGGAUCGUUCUCGGCACGCUACGUGAAUACGGGGUACUGUUGAACAAGGACAAAUGUGUAUUCAAGGUGACAUCGUUGGAUUUUUUGGGUCACACGAUCUCGUCCGACGGUAUUCAGCCUUCGAAUAACAAAAUCGAAGCACUAACAAAAUUCCGCCCACCUAGUAGUCAGGAGGAAUUAAGAAGCUUCCUUGGACUCGUGACCUAUGUAGGACGUUUCCUACCGGAUCUUGCUACCACGACUGCGCCUCUACGAGAACUUACACACUCUGGAGUGAAAUUUGAAUGGGGAAGCGAUCAACAACAAGCUUUCGAUAAGCUGAAGUGUAUGAUUGCAAAUGUCAAGCUACCGCGAUUUUUUGAUAACUCCCUACGGACGCGUGUAAUUGCUGAUGCCUCCCCAGUGGCUCUCGGUGCCGUUCUGAUCCAGUUCGAAGAUUCUACCGAUGACGCCCCUCGCCCAAUAUCCUAUGCAAGCAAAAGCCUUACACCAACUGAACGCAGAUACUGCCAAACUGAGAAGGAGGCUCUCGCAUUGGUUUGGGCAGUUGAGCGUUUUUCUUGCUAUUUACUUGGCCGUACCUUCGAACUGGAAACGGAUCACAAGCCGCUCGAAGCGAUAUUUAAACCAUCUUCCAGACCUUGUUCCAGAAUAGAGCGAUGGGUGCUUCGCUUGCAAUCCUUCUCGUUCACUGUAAAGUAUCGCAAAGGCUCAAGCAAUAUUGCAGAUCCGCUGUCUCGACUAGUUGUUGAUGACACCAUCGAAGAAUUUGAUGCCGAAAACAAGUUUAUGGUGCUGGCAGUUAUGGAGUCGGCAGCAAUCGAUGUUCAGGAGCUAGAGGAGUCGAUGGAAGGCGAUGCGACAUUGGUAGCAGUAAAGCGGUGUCUGCAGUCAGGAUCUUGGGACGAGCUGGAGGUCAAACCAUACGUACCGUUCAAAAGUGAGUUAGGAUUGGUGGGAGAGUUGCUGGUUCGCGGUGAUAAAUUGGUUGUACCGUUGAAGCUCCGCUCAAGGAUGUUAGAUCUAGCUCACGAAGGCCAUCCGGGCGAGUCGGUCAUGAAACGGCGUCUCAGAGACCGGGUUUGGUGGCCCGGAAUGGAUCGCGAGGUCACGAAUCGAGUUACGCAUUGUGAAGGAUGCCGUUUAGUGUCUCUGCCAACCAAACCUGAACCAAUGUCCCGACGAUCAAUGCCAAGUAAACCUUGGGUUGACAUAGCGAUUGACUUUCUGGGACCAAUGCCGAGCGGAGUGUACCUUUUGGUGGUCAUCGAUUAUUAUAGCCGUUACAAAGAAGUGGAAGUAAUGAAUAAGAUUACCGCCAAGGAAACUGUUAACCGGCUCAACACCAUCUUUACUCGUUUGGGCUACCCGCGAACAAUUACUUUAGACAACGCGAAACAAUUCGUGGGACUUGAACUGGAGGAAUACAAUCGCAAACACGGUAUCCAUUUGAACCACUCGACUCCAUAUUGGCCACAGGAGAAUGGUUUGGUCGAAAGGCAGAAUAGGUCUCUGCUUAAACGACUGCAAAUCAGCAAUGCGCUCGGAAGAGAUUGGCAUCAGGACCUUCAAGAUUAUCUGGUGAUGUACUACACCACUCCGCAUUCCACCACAGGACGCACACCUUCGGAGCUCAUGCACGGCAGAACAAUUAGAUCAAAAAUUCCAACUUUGCAGGAUAUCGAAACAACUCCAACAACAUCUGAAGUGGCAGACAGAGACCGAUUGCAGAAACAAAAGGGGAAGGAGAAUGAAGAUUCGCGCAGAGGAGCAAGGAGUUCAUCCAUUGAUCUUGGGGAUAAGGUGUUGAUGAAAAAUCUUCUGCCAGGGAACAAACUCCAAACGACAUUCGGCUCGAAGGAAUUCAAGGUGAUUGACCGUUCGGGACCGCGAGUGACGAUUGAGGAUCCGGAAAAUGGUAGAUCGUACGACCGGAAUGUGGCACAUUUGAAAAGGAUUCCUGAGAAUACUCAAACGCUCUCAGCUGCCCCAGUGGAUACUGAACAAAUUGGGGUUGCUGGAUGUACAGAUUUCCAGGAAGCAGAGGAUGACACUUCAGAAGAGGAUUUCGCAGGAUUCGAGGCAGAGGAGCCGCCUGUCCAGGUACUUGCCAGGAAAUCGCCUAACCAGUCUCCUGAGAGGAAACAGCGUGCCAGGAAGUUGCCAUCGAAAUUUAUUGAUUACCAGCUUUGAUUUCUUAUUUUGUUAAAAGGGGAGAUGUGGUGCCUUGGACCAACCCUGGAUAAAUAUACUUAAUUAUGGGGAGUGCGGGCCUGGCGAGAACUGUCAACGUUCGGGAGCGUGAUGUGAGUAGAGAGAUAAUAAACACAUGAUUUGAGUUGUUCGUAAAAGUACUUGCGUAUUUCAUAUACAUAUUCGAGAAUACCAAUUGGGAUUACCACACUGACUAACAUGUUACCCUGGUAUCUGUGAUACUAAAAUGGUCAUAUAUUUGCGCCAUUUCAAUUUUGGCAAUCUUUUGGGCUAAUUCAAUCUUCUUUUAUUGAAGAGUGAACCAGUCCGACCAUCGUGUGUUUGAAAAAAUCUAAAUUCCUGGAGCUGUAUUUCAAUAUCCGAGACCACAAUGUCGUACCAAAGGAUCUAUGAUGCAUUACCCUGUGACAUAACAUAAUAACGACCAAACAUGUAGAUGCGGCACAAGGUUCUAGUCCUAGGACAGAAGACACAUAGGAUUUAAUGAAGAUAAGCGCAUGUGAAUUCAGAGUCGAAUGGGAACCGAGCGGGCGCUCUUAAGCAGCAAAAGCUCUGACAGGCAAGUUCAAUGCUUUGUCGACCAAAAAAUUUAAAGUGCUCAGUUCAUUUUUGGCUCACGUUCUGUUCGAAUACAAUACUGCUCGAAAGAAUAGCCUAUUUUAUAAGAAGGAGAAAUAUCUGGUAAAAAGUAAGCAGCAUCCUGAACUUAAAUUAUGGUUCUUUCAACAUUUUAAAAGAAGGAAAACCUUUGAUAAAAAAAAGAUGCAGCUAUAACAUUCAAACACAGUAAGGCCAGCCUAUGUUCAACAGAAGAGGAAAUCUCCGAUGAAUCGUUUUUAAGUAAUAUGGGCACGCAGAAGCUCGCUGCAUUUUACACAUUGGUAAGAAUGCCAACACUGAAUAUAUGCAAAUACCUCAAAAGAACAGCCUAUUUUUAAUAGAAGGAAAAAUCACUCACGGGAGAGUUAUUAGUAUGCAGAUAUUAUCAUCAAACCUUUCCGCUUGGUCGUCAUACUAUACUAUUUGCGGCCACAAUAUUUACUCUUCCAUCAGAGAUUUUUCCAGCUUUUUUAGAAAGGCUGUUCUUUCGAGGUAAAUGCAUAGAUCAUAAUUUAACCAUUCAACUAGGAUGCCUAGUAAACCUCCUUAGCAUUAAAAUCAUUAUAACCCAUUCGCCUUAGUGGCAUUUGAGGCCUGAUAUCCUUCGGCAUAAUGACACAGCACCAACGGAAACGACAUUUCGGCAAAUGCCACUCCGGGGAAUAGUAUUCCGGAAAAUAUAAUACUUUGUGUAAUACCAUCUUUUAAAUCAUUAAAUCCUCAGCUCAGAUUCUAUAGAGUUCAUUAUUAUGCAUAUUUCAAGUUUUGGAAUAUGCCAUGUUUCAGCCUUUUGUCGUUUCAGCCUUUUGAAAUUUCAGCCUUUUGUUACAUAUCCACAGUUUCAGCCUUUUGUAUUCAGCCUUAUGUGCAUUCAGCCUUAUGAAAUUCAGCCUUAUGUUACCAUCCCCCAGAACUCACAGGGUGAUAGGACAGUCGUGACAAUGUACUCCCUGCGAAGAGAGCAACCAACACAGUGACAGUAAAGGGGAACCAGACCACAUUUUUCUAGCUUGGCUGUGUGAGUCAACUUCGGUUUCUUCAGUUACCCCGGACGAAUGCAAGUGAAAAAUUGCAUUAUUUUUUAUCACUGUUACGACCGUCGUCGGCUUGUGUAUUUGUUCCCAUCGUCCUUUUUCAUCUGGAGACACCACCGGCAACAUUAAGCCACCGUACCAUGGAGGAUAUGAAGGAGGAUAACUGGACCAUCGAUGAGCUUGUGAAAGAGUGAUGUCCUGUUCGCUGAAGUUUGCGAUUUGGCUCGGCUUCAAUACAAUGCAACAGUGAGUGUUUUACACAGUAAAACCGCUCAGCACUAAAAUGUGUAAGCCCUACUCAUAAGUGCAUAAUUUCCAGACCACACAAAAAUGUGUUGCAGUUACACAUUUUCAAAAACAGCUCGUACACUCGUCUAGAUGCGAAAUGUUGAUAUUUUUUUUGUUUUCCAAGGUCACUAGUAAACCUAGCUAGAUUGCUGUACAAAAAUUUUUGCGAAUUUAACGAUUUUGCGGACACAGGAGCUGAUUUUGUGAAUGUGCAAGGGUUACACAUUUUUGGUGUAGUCUGGAAAUUAUGCACUUUUGUGCUGAGCGGCGUUAGCGUGUAGUGUGCCAGGGCUGGUUUAGUUUUUUUUUUCGAAAAUCGCAUUUUUUAAGUACACCGUGAUAUGACCCUUUUAUAUUGAACGCAUUUUGUUUGUUUGUUUGCGUUAGUGUAUUGUGCUUAUUUUGAACUAAUUUGAGAUUUUUAAGAAAAGCAAAAAUCUUAUGUAAUGUAUUCGAUUUAUUUUUUAUGUUUUUUUUUUUUUAAUUUUGACGAUUUUGUAUUUUAUUUAUUGUUCAUGCAGUUGAAAAUCGGAUUUUUUGACACGCGAAAAUCGAGUUUUCUCCUAAACCGUGUGUCGGACGUACGUCGGUCACAGUGCGCUGGAUAGAGGGCCAGGUCCGCUGUCCAGCGCACUACGUCCGACGUUAGGUUUCUCGUAUGGAUUUUGAGAAAAUUCGAUUGUCGGGUGUGGGGGAACUUCGGGUUUCAACCGCGACGACAAUAAUUUAUUUUUUUUAAUUUGGGAAAGAGAAUACCUAUAAGUGUCUUUUACAUAAUCGAAUGAGAAAAAAAAAUCUGGUGGAAACAAAGGAUCAUGUAAAGUAGUGGUAAAUUGCGUAGUAAACUGUUAAUCACUUUGCUCUAAUGUGUUAUCGCAAAUUGAAAUUUGCUUUCCGAUCAAAAUUAGUAAUAUCUCAGUAGCAUAGCUUACAAUACCUUUUAUUAUGUUAAUACAUUAUCUUAAGGAAAAAGGAGUUGUUGUGACUCCAUACAUAUUCCAUAAAUACACGCUACCCUUAAGAGGGUACUCAGAGCUCUAGAAGAGACACUAGAGAUCAAGGCUUCUCAACAAUUGUUAUAUGAGAAAUAUAUGAGAUGUUUAUAAACCACGAACCAGAACGGACUUAUUAUUUCCUCCUUAAGAAACCGUACAUUUACGCGUAUAUAACAAUUUCAGAAUGAAAUUCGCAUAUUCCACACAUGGUGUUCAAAAAGCUUAUUACAACUGAAUGUUAAGAAGUGUAAUUUGAUAUCUUUUUGCAGAAUAUUAGGUAGACCUACUAGCUCAAUUACUCUAGGAAAUCAAACAGUAGAAAAAUGUGGAAGAGUUAGGGAUUUAGGAGUUAUUUUGGAUUCUAAACUAUCUUUCACAGACCAUUACAACACGAUCAUCCAUAGAGCAAAUAACAUGCUUGGGUUUAUAAAACGCUUCAGCUACAAUACAAUAAAAACUCUAUGUAUUUCUUAUGUUAGGUCAAUUCUGGAAUAUUGCAGCGUUGUCUGGUCCCCUUUCAGAAUAACGCAUAUCGACAGGAUAGAAUCAGAAACAAUUUCUAUUAUAUGCUUUUCGGAAACUAGGUUGGACAGUAUUUCCUCUUCCAUCAUAUGAAGCACGCUGCAUGCUCAUGAACAUUCAGACAUUAAAAGAGCGUCAUGAGAUCACCAUGAUCUCAUUUGUAAAUGAUAUUAUUUCGCAACGAAUUAUUUCAUCUGAAAUUUUUAUCUAAAUUCAAUUUCUAUGCGCCCACACGCCGUCUUCGUAAUCGAACACUUUUUAAAACUUGUCAUAAUCGAACGGAUUACAUUCUGUAAUGAACAUUGCGAAAUGAUUGACUUUACAAUGUCUCGGCAUAAUCUGAAACAUUUUUUUUAUCUAGUUCAUUUAUUUGGGGAACAAUCGCGUAUAACGCUUUGCGGAGCCGAAGAUCUUUUUUUGUACUAAAUAGUAUACAUUAUACAGAGUAAUAACUUUUUCAUGAUAUCUGUUAGUAAUGGGGUGAAGCCAGGGUACUCGUGGCAGCUCGAGGUUAGAAGGUCACAUUUUGAGGGAUGGACAGGGUAAGGAUUGGGCCAAAGGUUUCACUGCAGCUCAUCCGGGGGUGAAUCGCAUCUUGCUAGCAUAUUCGGUGCCUUGUGGUGCUUGUACCAACUUGUUGUGGGACUCGGUCUUCCGGAUGGCUAGGAGCAGCUUGGUAACACAUAGAGGGCAAAACAGAGAAAAUAAAACUGGAGAAGAAAUGAAACUAAUCGUCAAUAUAACAGUGCCGGGCCGACUCAAGACACAAGAGACUCUCUGGCAAUCCCAGGGUCGGCUAGCUACUAGGUAAUCAAGGGCACUUUCGCGAUACAAAAACACUAAACACAGAGAACUUUCACAUUUCUUACGCAAUUUAUUAAAAGUUCCUAAUUGUUAAGUGUGCGUGUUGUUCUGUGUAAUAAAUUAGUGUAAAUUUGUUAAAGUGUGACCUAUUCUAUGUUCGGUGGUACCGGUACAUACCGCUGCUGCUUGAAGGUGGUGUCGAUGGCCGACACAGCGACUCCUGUCGAGCUGUGCGGCCGGAAUUCUCGCCGGAUGGCAAGGCGAGCGGGGCCGGUACUCAGCCGGCGGGACCAGCGGGCGUUGCUGGGGGGAAUGCAGGCGUCUUCCCUCUUGGACGCAAUCGGCCGGCCGUGGACUAACCACCUUGGACGGCCGAGAGGGGAAAGCUCCUUAACGUUUAGGGUCUUCGGCCCGAGCUAUUCGUCCUCCUAUAAGGACUCACGAUCUUUUACGGUGAGGCGCGGGAACCGUUCCCGGUUCCACGGGCCGAGCCGUGUGCUAGACGGUGGAGACCUAUUUUAGGUCCAACGAAAGAGGUCCUAAUGGACGGUACCUUUUACCAAACAUUUUUAUAUUAAGUGCAGGGUACUUAUUUACCUGAACGGUAUUAUCCCCAGAAAUAAAACCCUAGCUCCUGCUAGAAAAAGGGGGGGGGGGUCUUCGUUCACCGAAUUUCAACCACUGCACUGUUAGAAUAUCACGUCUUAUGUACACGGACGCCUGAUACAGAUUGGAGGCAAGUUUUGGCAAUGGCCGUCUAAUUUUCCCAACUUCCGUCAUUGUAAGCAAUCUCGCUGCCACUCAUCUUAUCAGCCAUGUUACAUCAGUAAUUAGUAGCCGACAUCACAUUUACAACGGCACAUGACCCUUUCACUUCUGUGGUAUCUCUGCUGUUUUUACACAAGAAACGUGAAGGGUCCGACACAUAACAUAACAAAUCAAAACAAAAACCUACAAUUUGUAACCAAACGGUUACAGAAAUCACAAGCGAAUUAAACUUUUAUACCAGCAGAGCGAAGAAAGUCGAAAAUACAUCCCAUAUAUGUGACAUUGCGGGUCCCCAACACAUCUCUCACAAGAACAAAGGGUUGUCUACCUCGGGCCUCAAGGGUAUCCAAAAGUAGUGCUCUGGAGCGGAGACGAGACUCGCGAAGACGGUCUUCUUUUUCUUCACUUUGUUAUUUUUUUCUUCUUCCUAUCUGUGUUGACAUUAUGUUUUGGGCUGGUGGUUCAAACACGUACGUGACCGCAUCACCUCACAUGCAGUGUGACUGAAUCCCAUUCACGCACAAAAUCAUGUUUUGGUGAAAUUUUGCAUCGUCAACAAUCGCCAAGCAAAGUAAUCAUUGGAAUAUUUUGUUUUCAAUUUAUUUUUGACAGUACAGGAGAAGAAAAUGCUGCUCGGAGUGAAUAUUGGCUUCAGAAUUUAUCUCGGAUAGCAAUACUUUCCUCGUUUUAGGUAACGUAAUCAAACGGGCUAUAACUGACAGCUCAGUUGGGCUGCAUUUGACGUUGCUUUUUUUUCCUCUUCGCGAGUCUCGUCUCAGCUCUGGAGGCGUCAUUAUCCGGGCAUUGCCAAACUACGUGGUCGAUGCCAUCAUAACCGGAACCGCACUUAGUACAAACAUUGCUCAACGCGAGGUUUAUCCUGUGUAAAUGCGCGUCUAGCGAGUAAUGGUUGGACAUAAGUCUUGACAUCACGCGAAUGAAAUUGCGACUUACACUGUGGUGCAUAAUUGAUCGGACAAACGCCGAUUUUCAUACAAAAUGGCCAAGUUUAAGAUGCUGUAACUAUGGUUUGCUUUGUUAGAUUGAGCUCAAUUUCUGACACGGAACUACAAAUAUGCUGAAUUUUGUGUAUACAAAGUAUAAAAUGUUUCAUCAAUUAUGCACCACAGUGUACGUCCAAACCAUACCACCACACUCGCAAAGAAACAUUAGGAAUAAUGGAAUGUAACCUAAUGUAUUGUGAAUUUGGAAGAAAACCGAAGAAUGAGCAUCGCUCAAACUUCACUUCAUUACUAGCGAACUUGAGGUGAGAUGAGACGAGCUCACCAUGGUACUCAGACACAUUUUUCCGUUGUGAAAACAAAAACCAAUUUCACACUACAUUCCGGACUUGCCAUUUUAUUGUAGCCGUGCGCUUACUGUUUUUAGUAAAUGAAUACUUUUCGGUUUGCGUUUUCGCUAAAAAAAAAAAAAGACGAUCGACAUUACCAAAACAAUUUGUCUUAUUAACAGCGGCUAGCGUACCGUUUCACCUUAACCACCAACACCACAUGCUCACUCACGCAAAAUUUGGCGCGCUCGCACUGACAGACGCCCAGGUGGGAUAAAGCCGUGAUUGUCGACACGAUGUCGGACUGAAAACGAAAACAUCAGGGAUGCAUGUCGGGUCGGAUGAGGAAUGACAGAAAGUUCGCUGAAAACUUCGCUUCGCUAGUCCAACUGGCGAACUCCGAUUUGGUGCUGCGAGGUCAAUAACCACCGUCCCAGCUGGCCAUCUCGCCAAUCAUUUUGCCAACUUUGAAGAGAACUCUGGCGAACAAAAUGGAAACAUUCAUCAUGUGAGAUUCUUCUAUCAUAGAUCUCAUCUUCCUGUACGCCCACCUUUGCGAGAGAGUCCGCCUUCUCAUUGCCAUAAAUUGAGCAAUGCGAGGGGACCCAUACAAAGGUAAUCUUGUGCACCCAUCUGCUCCCUUAUUUUUGUAAGAAAGUAAGAUGGAAGUUUUACAGGUUUCAUCGAUCGGAGUGCCUCAAUCGAACUAAGGCUAUCCGAGAAGAUGAAGAAAUGGUCUACGGGCAUGUUGGAAAUCAUCCCCAAGGCGAAGUUGAUUGCUGCCAGCUCAGCAACAUAAACCGAAUAAGGUUCCUGAAGUUUGCGGAAGGCGGUGAAAUUUUGACUAAAGACACCGAAACCAGUGGAUCCAUUAAUGCGAGAUCCAUCAGUGAAGAAUCUCUUACAAGAAUUGACAUUUUGGUACUUUUCGUAAAAAAUGCGAGGUAUAGAUAUACUUCGAAGUUGAUCUGGUAUUUCAUGAAUAGCUUGUUUCAGGGACAGAUCGUAUUUAACAGAGGAACUGUCAUUAGUGAAGUGUACAUGAGGAGGGUUAUAACUUGGUAGGCUUAUGUCGGACGAAAUGUAGAACAGUUAAGUUCUCAUGAAUUUUGACUGAGUGUUCAGACUGAGAAUUUCUUCGAUGUUUUCAAUAACAAGUGUGUUACUCACUCCACACUUGAUAAGUAACCUUAGAGAGAGACAGCCGAGAGCAAUAUGCAAACAACGGUAUUGAAUUCGUUCCAACUUUAUUAGGUUUGAGUGAAUCAAACCAGACCCCAAGGUAUUGCGAAGUUAAAGACUGGU